AUGAAAUCCUCUGACAUCGACCAGGAGCUGUUCACGGAGAGUUACUGCAAGGUGUGCAGUGCCCAGCUCAUCUCCGAGUCCCAGCGCGUGGCCCAUUACGAGAGUCGGAAGCAUGCCAGCAAGGUCCGCCUGUACUACAUGCUGCACCCCCUGGAUGGAGGCUGCCCGGCCAAGAAGCUCCGCUCAGAAAACGGCAGUGACGGGGACUCAGUGGAUAAGAACAAAUGCUGCACACUAUGUAACAUGUCCUUUACCUCAGCAGUGGUGGCAGAGUCGCAUUACCAAGGGAAGAUCCACGCCAAGAGGUUAAAACUGCUGCUGGGGGAGCAGCCAGCACUCAAGGCCACAGAGGCUGCCCUGCAGGCGCCGCACACCGACCACGCCGCGGUGCCGCCGCCGCCGCAGCGCCGGGACUCGGACAGGCACUGCCAGCUCUGCACCGCCUGGUUCAACAACCCCGCCAUGGCACAGCAGCACUACCACGGCAAAAAGCACAAGAAGAACGCGGCCAGGGCCGACCUGCUGGAGCAGCUGGGCAAAACUCUGGACCUGGGGGAGCUGCGAGGCCUGAAGCGCAGCUACACCUGCAACACCUGCAGUGUCACCCUGAACUCCAUAGAGCAGUACCAUGCACACCUGAAGGGCUCCAAGCACCAGGCCAAGUGA